AUGUUCUGGAGCAGCUCACGAACUCUGGCCUUUGCACUGGUGGGUGUCGUCGACGUCUGCCAGGGCAUCACGGUCCGUGCUAGUGCUGGGAAGUCUGGCCUCCUCACGCCAGAGUGGAUCGGGAACGUCUCGGUCACACUCCCCGUCAGCGAUGACGAUUACGAAUAUUUUGCAUCGGCGGCGUCGGAUGGCCCACACCCUACGAAUCCCCACCACACGGCCGUCGUAACAUUUGCAGGCAAGAAGAACACGGAGUACAUCGACGGGGCGGUGAUGCUUGGCAUGUCCGUCCAGGAGUACCUGCCAGAGUACCCUAUGGCGGCCUUGAUUAUCCAGGGCAUGAAGUCGGAGAGUCAGCUUCUCCUGCGGGGGGCUGGCUGGAAGUUGAUCGCGGUGCCAAACUGGGAUAGCGAGUACUGCGGAGAGGGCUGUGACAUGGAAUUCUUGGGGCGUUGGCAUGAUAGCUUCGAGAAGAUCAAUGUCUUCCGCCUGCCCUUCAAGCGGGUGCUGUUCUUUGAUUCGGACACAUACAUUUUCAGAGGCCACGUCAAGUGGCUGGUGACCCAGAUGAAGCUGCCCUCCGAAGACCACAUCGCCAUGGCGAAGGACGGCUGCAAGGACGAGUACAAUAGCGGGGUGAUGCUCUUCAAGCCGGACGUCAAGGUGUUUAAAGAGAUGCUCAACAUGGUCACGCAGCGCCGGCGGGAGCAGAUCCUUGACCAGAACCUGAUCAAUUCUUACUACAGUGGCAAGAUCAUGGAGAUCGACCGGAUCUUCAACUGCGUGGACACGGUGGGCAUCCAGCCAGGCCAGACGAAGCCCUGCGAGCACCACUGCAGCUGGAACGCCGUGGUCGCCCACUUCACCGGCCACCCGAAGCCCACCUCCGCCAAGCGGCGGCUGCUGGAGCUCGUUCGGCGGCCUGGCGCGCCGGGCCUGGCCUGCAUGCACACGAACUUCGGGUCCUGCGGGAAGUGGUCCGAGUACUACUGCGAUAUUCGCAAGCACUCCAACAGGCUCUCGACAGAGCUCCGGAACGAGCUCGGGAGCCUGGGGACCUGCUGCCAUUCGAGCAUGGUCUCGAGGAAGGAGAGGCGAUGGGCGCGAAAGAACGGGAAGUGGAGGGACGAGACCUGCCUAGAGUGCCCUGCAACCUUGAAGCUCUGGGCGCCUAACCCCAAUCUGACCAUGAUUGCGGGUUCGUACAUGAAGACCACUAUCCCGACCCGGAAGUUCAACGGCGGCAGGCCUAUCUAUAUCAAUCGGGAUCGCGAUAUGAAAAACGCGCCAUUGUAUUUGUUUUUUAUGCAGGAGCAGCUGGCCUGGGCGAUUGGGGCGAACUACAGAUCGAAUCAGGUGUAUGGUUUUGCGAGUAAGGAAGCUCAAUGUCCCAGGGAUACAACACUUUGGCUUUUCCACAACGGAACAAGCUUUGAGAGAAAGAAGAUGAACAUCAGGCAAGGCCACAAUUGGCAUCACGCCCCGAAAGACACCGACCACAUUGUCUGGAACGUACAUCGGCGAAAGUGGGAGCGCGAGCAGGUUUUCUGGGACCAUGGCCACUUGAUGACCGCGGACGGCGGUAAUCAUACAUUGAAGGAUGGCGAGAACGUCACGACUGCGAGUGCCGAGGAGGAGGACGAGGAGAAAAAUGUCACCGAGAACGACGAGACUGACGCUGAGAAUGGCACGGCCGACGGCGUCGAGGAGGACGAUAGGAACGCCACCGAGAGCGAGGAGAUUGACGCGGCCGAGAACGAGACGGCCGAGAGCGGUGAGGAGGAUGACAACAACGCCACGGAGAUCGAGGGGGACGAAGCCCCGAGUGCGGGGAGUGCAUACCACGUGCAGCUGGCACCGCCGGCGCCCCCACUGGCUGCUCGCACCAAGGAGGAUGCUGACGCGGCGCCACCGGCGCGCCAGCUGCCUGCUCGUACAGAGGAGGGUGUUGACGCGGCGCCACCGGCGCACCGGCUUGCUGCUCGCACAAAGGAGGAGCUUGCCGCGGCGAUCGAUAAGGUCAAGGCUGAGAUCGCGGCGCUGGACGCCAUGGACAGUCUGCACGCACCCUCCCUAGAAGCCCUGAAGGCAGAGAAGCGCCAUUACCUCGAAAGCCUGCAGGCAGCCGAGACUGAGACGACCAAGAGAGGUGAAGAGCAAGAGAAGGCUGCCUCCGAAUUCGAGAGAGGCGGAGCCCCAAGUGACGAGGAGUUGCACGGCAUACAAUUGGUGCCAUACGUAAUGCAGAGCUGUAUUCAGUUGUUCAAGCGGAUGAUGAGCUGGUAA